AUGGUAACCAUGAGGAGCGACAGAGAGGAAGAUCGAAAUGCUACUGUUGAUUCAAGAUUCAAUCAAACUCUCAGAAAUGUUCAAGGGUUGUUAAAGGGACGCAGUUUCCCUGGCAAAGUACUGAUUACACGGAGGUCAGACCCACUGGAUAACUCAACUAUAAGAUCUCCAGAUAAUCAUGGAAGUCUAAGAGAUAGUGAGACGGGACCAAGCCAACAGGCAGAUGGAUCUUUUGAGGAUGAACUGCAAAGUAGAAGCAAUCUGAAUGCUAGCUCAUCUGCUAGCCAGACGAAAUCAUCAACGUCAAAUUCAGAACACACAUCCAUCGAAGUACAGAAGCCAUCAAUUGGCUCUAGAGCUACUGAUUCGGCUAGGCUAAUGAAGUUCACAAAAGAAUUGUCUGCGACAACUGUCAUUCUAGAAAAAUUGCGUGAAUUAUCUUGGAAUGGUAUCCCAUCAUAUCUGCGUCCCAACAUAUGGCGGCUUCUUUUGGGAUAUGCACCCCCUAAUUCAGAUAGAAGGGAGGGAGUUCUGAGAAGAAAGCGUCUAGAUUAUCUUGAUUGUGUUGCUCAGUACUAUGACAUUCAAGAUAUUGAGCGAACAGAUGAAGAGAUCAACAUGCUUCGGCAGAUUGCCGUUGAUUGCCCUAGAACGGUGCCUGAUGUUUCUUUUUUCCAACAAGCACAAGUUCAGAAAUCCCUGGAGCGCAUACUUUACAUAUGGGCUAUCCGGCACCCUGCAAGUGGAUAUGUGCAGGGAAUAAAUGAUCUUGCAACACCGUUCUUAGUUGUUUUCUUGUCAGAACACGUAGAAGGGAGCAUUGACAAUUGGAUGAUGUCUGAUCUACCUUCUGAGAAAAUAUCUGGUAUAGAAGCUGAUUGUUAUUGGUGUCUAUCAAAAUUGCUUGAUGGGAUGCAAGACCAUUACACAUUUGCUCAACCGGGAAUCCAGAGGCUCGUGUUUAAGCUAAAGGAGUUGGUUAGACGGAUAGAUGAACCUGUGUCAACACACAUGGAAGAGCAAGGGCUUGAAUUUCUCCAGUUUGCUUUUCGCUGGUUCAAUUGUCUCUUGAUACGCGAGAUCCCUUUCCAUCUCGUUAACCGAUUAUGGGAUACAUAUCUUGCUGAAGGUGAUGCACUGCCAGAUUUUCUUGUGUAUAUAGCUGCAAGCUUUCUGCUCACAUGGUCAGAUAAUCUGCUGAAGCUUGACUUCCAAGAGAUGGUUAUGUUCCUUCAGCACCUUCCCACUCAUAACUGGAGUCAUUCAGAGCUCGAAAUGGUACUUUCGAGAGCAUACAUGUGGCAUGCCAUGUUCAACAGCUCGCCCAGCCACUUGGCUAGCUAAAGUGGACACCUUUUCAAUUUUCUUAAACUCUUUUAGUUCGAACUUUUUCUCUCUAUCUGUGUUUGAUUGUAAAAGUCAUUUUGGUUUUCCAUCUUCAUUUAGAGCCUUAAUUUAUUUCACUGCCUACCAAUUGUUUAUUUUUGGGGCCUUUUUCCUUUUCUUCUGUUUUGUGAUUU